GGCUGGUGUGGGUCCACGUGAGCGACAGGCGGACACUGCGAGGGUCUCCGCGCUGCGUGUUUCAGGGGUCUGUCUGGACCAGCCAUGUCUGCUCUGUGGAAUCGGCUGGUCAGGGUUUGUUGGCGGCGCCGCGCUGCUCUUCCAUCCGGAGACGCACAGAGGUGUAAGAGUGCUGCAGCAGCUCUGGUCCAGCCCGAGUUCCUGAGAGGCUCUCCACACAGGAAACACCCCGGAGUGACGACCCUCAAAACCAUCCGUCUGCCCGAUGGUCUCCAGAGAGGAGCUCUAACAGCCAUACACAAGUCCGAGCUGAAGGAUUUGUCUGAGAGAUCCCGCAGACUGAAGAACUACCUGUGGAGCCGCAAGCGCGCGGCCGAAGCCCCUCAGCUGAGAGAGAAGGCCGUCGAGCUGGAGGAGAGAUGGAUGGCGGAGGAGAAGCAGCGACAGAGCGAUGGAGACGAUCAGAACUUUGAGGCUAAAAUCAGGAGGAAGGUUCUGUUUGAACUGAGGAAGACGACGUAUCACUGGACGCCUCUGAGGUACGAUGCGGAGCUCGGGGUGGUGUUCAUGGCUGCCAGGCUCGCAGGAGGCUACGCUGCAGUCAUGAGAGCCCUUAAUGAGAUAAAGAAGAGAGACCCGCUGUUUGCACCUCGCUCUCUGCUGGACUUUGGCUCGGGGCUUGGCACGGCUCUCUGGGCCUCACACACGCACUGGGGCGACGCCCUAAAGGAGUACGUCUGUGUGGACGCCUCUGGAGCCAUGAACAGGCUGGCCGAGCAGCUCCUCACAGGUGGCGGCGACACUGAUACUCCGCUCGUUAAACACGUUUACUUCCGCCAGUUCUUUCCCGUCUCCCCGAAGGUUCAGUCUGAUCUGGUGGUAGCAGCCUUCUCUUUAUCAGAGCUGGCCUCUCAGAAGGAACGAGAAGAUACGGUUCUUACACUCUGGAGGAAAACAAACUCCUACCUCGUGCUGGUGGAAAACGGAACAAAAGAAGGGCAUCAGAUUUUAAUGGAAGCCAGAGACGUAUUACUGAAGAAGGAAGAGAAGGUGAUUCAUGACUCCCGGAGGCCGGUGGUUUUCGCUCCUUGCACUCAUGAGCGGACUUGUCCCAAACUGCUGAAACAGCCGGUGGUGCCCUGCAACUUCCUCCAGCCCUACCACCCCCUGCCUUUACCUGGGAACGCCGACUGGGAGGAGGAGAGGUUCAGCUACCUGAUCGUGAGCAGGGAGGCGAGAGAGGCGCCGGGAGAGAGAGAGGGCGUGGAGUGGGGAAGGUUAACCGCUCCGGUCCAUCGCAGAACCAGACACGUCCAGUGUCAGAUCUGCUGCUCCAGCGGAGAACUCAAGCAGCUCGCCGUCACUGCGCGCCAACACGGAAGGGACGCAUACCGCUGCGCCCGGAGCAGCAACUGGGGAGAUCGGCUGCCAAUCAUCAACACGGAGGAGGACGACGCACCUCCAGACCAGCCGUAAUCACCUUAAACAGCCAGUACGUGCGUCGCUGAUGAAGGAACGACAGCGCCGGGUCCCUGAAAGGACUAGAGGAAAUAUCAAACGUCAAAGCCGAUCCAGAAACCCGGACAUGUGGAUGAAUGAACAGCACACUGUCCGCACCAAUGACUGUACUGGGUCAGAAGACAGGAACAGACCCACUGCUUCUGGGGACAAACAAGAGGGUCCACAAUUUUGCUCUAUUCUAGCUCCCAACACACCUGAGCCAGGUGUUCUGUAUUCAGGUUCCACAGUGGUCUGAAGUCUUGUUGGUCCAGUGAGAACUCUGCUGGUUUCUAAUCCGGAUCUUGGGGACACCCAGGCAGUCUACAGCUGUCUUUUCAUCCCUAUCUAGAACCGAGAACCAGCACAGAUGUACUGGGAGGUGGGAUACAGCAAAAAAGUGGACUGUGUGGAGGUCCCCAAAGACUGGCUUUGGAAACACUAAGUUUUUAGAGCAGUGCACUCUGACUACACAUUAAAAUAAACUGAUUAGAAUAAUAAA